GUAGACAUAGCAGUAGGAGUUUCUCUACAUUCUCAGACUACAGACGAUCAAGAAUAUGUGUCCGCAAUGCACAGAAUUCUGAAAAUUUUACCUGAAUGGAUAGCAAAUCCAAUGUACUGGUUUUUUCCAAUUUUCUUUACGACUAAAAUAGGAAAAAAUUACAAGAGGGACGUAGAAAUAAUUCAUCGUUUCGACGAAAUGGUGUUCAAGAGAAAAAAAGAAAAUUUUAUGAAAAAAAUGCAGCAGCAACAUUUCUUAAACAAAGAUGCACGACAUGAAGAGGAACCAAAGAGGAUAGCAAAACAACGUCUUAUCGAUUCCCUGUUAGAUCUUCAUGUUAAACAAGGUUUAAUAUCGGAAAAAGACGUUAUUAGAGAUAUGGAAAGCUUUAUUUUUGCGGGUUACGAUACAACCUCUAACGUUAUGUCAUGGACUCUUUAUUUCCUGGGAAGAUUCCACGAAAUACAAGAGAAAGUGUAUCUAGAAUUUCAAGAAAUUUUCAAAAAUGAUAUGAAAAGAGAUAUCACUAUCGAUGACCUGACGAAAAUGACGUACUUAGAAUGCGUAAUUAAGGAGUCGAUGAGAAUCUAUUCUCCUGGUUUUUUAAUAGCAAGAAAAAACCCAUCGGAAAUGAAAAUAAGUAAUUACGUGUUGCCUGCAAAUUCGACUCUUAUCGUAAAUAUCUGUGGCAUUCAUCAUAAUCCUUCCGUUUACGAAAAUCCCGAAGUGUUCGAUCCAGACCGUUUCUUACCUGAAAACUAUAAAAAUCUUCAUCCUUAUGCAUUUCUGGCAUUUUCUGCCGGGCCACGAAAUUGUCUCGCAAAUGUUCUUCGUAAUUUUAAAGUUUACUCUUUGGAUCCUCAGGAUAAGAUCGUUACUUCCGUGGAAGUUCUUUUGACUCCAGUAUCAGGUAUAAAAAUGUGUGUAGAACAAAGACAAUCUGCAAAGGGUUACGACACAACCGCCCAUGCUACGUCAUGGACUCUUUAUUUGCUGGGAAGAUUCCAUGAAAUACAAGAAAAACUGUAUACAGAAUUGCAAGAAAUUUUCAAAAAUGAUAUGAAUAGAGAUAUUACUAUCGAUGACCUGACAGAAAUGACGUACUUAGAAUGCGUAAUUAAGGGUUACGAUACAACCGCCCAUGCUACGUCAUGGACUUUUUAUUUGCUGGGAAGAUUCCACGAAAUACAAGAAAAACUGUAUUCAGAAUUGCAAGAAAUUUUCAAAAAUGAUAUGAAUAGAGAUAUUACUAUCGAUGACCUGACAAAAAUGACGUACUUAGAAUGCGUAAUUAAGGAGUCGAUGAGAAUCUAUCCUCCUUUACCUUUUAUUGCAAGAAAAAAUCCUUCGGAAAUGAAAAUAGGUAAUUACCUGUUACCCGCAAAUUCGACUCUUGUCAUAAGUAUCUAUGGCAUCCAUCAUAAUCCUUCUGUUUACGAAAAUCCCGAAGUGUUCGAUCCAGACCGUUUCCUACCUAAAAACUACAAAAAUCUUCAUCCUUAUGCAUUUCUGCCAUUUUCUGCUGGUCCACGAAAUUGUCUCGGAAGUAAACUCGCCAUGAUCAAAAUGAAAACGGUUUUGGCAAAUGUUCUUCGUAAUUUUAAAUUUUACUCUUUGGAUCCUCAAGAUAAGAUCGUUACUUCAUACUCAGUUAUGUUCACCUCAACAUUAGGCAUAAGAAUGUGUGUAGAAAAAAGAUAAAUAAUGUAAAAUAUUUAAAAUAAACACAUUCAGAUGCCGCUACGAUAUCGCGCCAGCACAUAUAACAAUAAUGACUUCAGGUAGACCAGUGAUUCUGCCUUUAUUCACAUUAUAGCCUUACAUCGCGCCAAAUGAUUGCCAUGUAUUUUGCGUUUUGAGCAACGAGUUUUUGAAUAUACACUUUAAUGGCAAUACAUCACUGCGAUCAUUUUUGAGUUAACUCAAAAAUGAUCGCAGUUCAGUUUAUUAGAUAAUAAUUACCAUCGAUAACAAUUUAUCUAGCAACAACUGCUUCAAGCUUUAAAUUGCAUUAGUUUAAAAUAUUGUACUUUUUUUAAAACAAAUUUUCGUAUUGUAAUGUAUUGCCAUUAAAGUGUGUAUUGGAAAUAUCGUUGCUCAAGACGCGAAAUACAUGGUUAUCAUUCGGCGUCAUAUAUGAACUGUAAGGUUAAUGAGGCAGAAUUACUGGUCUACUUCUCUGAGCUCAUCAUUUUAUGUGUGCUGGCACGAUAUCGUGGUGAUAUCUGACUGUAUCAAUUUUUAAUCAAAGUUGUCUGAUCUUGGCGUUCAAAUCAUCCAAUUAUUUAUAGCAGUAAUAUUUCAUGACAGUCAUGUCAGUUGGAAGAAGCCCAUAAUGAUAAGCCAAAAACACACGAAUAAUCUCUAUUUCAUGUACUGUUUUUGGUUUGUUGUUUGUAACAGCAGGUUUACCAUUGUGUCCCCUGUAAAAUGGCUAUUGUUUACCCCAUUGUUACAACCACAUCAAGCGUUGUGGAGCAUUUUGUUAAAAUUGUAGAAAAAAAUC